CUGGCAACAUUUGGCUUAAGUAAUAAUAGUAAAGUAAAGUAAACUUUCUUAGCGCGUAACGAAGUUGUCCUAACCAUUAAUAAAUCUUAUUUUUAGGAAACGCCAGGCUAUCUGGCUUAAAUUUGUGUUAUGAAAACAUUAAAGCACUACUGAGGAACAAAAUUAAACCUAUUCGGUAAACAACCGAACGCCAUACAAGCUUAUUAUUAUGAACACAACAGCAACCUUCUCUUCAGAUCAUUCAUGGAGCAGACGGUGUUCUACAGAAACGGUGUUCAGCAUACAAGGGAAGGAAACCGAUGUGUCUGAACUGCAACUGGUGGACCCAGCAGCCAUGCCCGGGGUAGUCACCGGAUCCAGUGGACCCGAAGACAUGACUGAUGAUCGUUAUACGAUGUCACACCAAACUACACUGAAAUUUAUUUACUUUAACUCUUUCUGACAUGCAAUGUUCAAUCUAACGAGAUGUAAUUGGGAUGCAUUGAAAUGCCCGAGUGGAAGUGUUCACAGACGUGUGGGGAAGGUCGAUUGAUCUCUUAACCGACUUUUUCAAAGGAGGUUCUUUAUUCGAUGACUUUGGCGUCUGUGAAUGCUUAGUGCGCUCGGGUACAUGUUUGGCGAUGUAAUGUCAACAUCGCCAAACUUGUGACGCACACAAUCCUGUAAUGUACACGUCUGAUGUCACCAUGAUAUUAUCAUACUCCUAUUUUAUACUUCUCUUGCAAUAUUCUGUUAGUAUUUGUUUAUUAUCUGUAAUUAUGAACAUAUUUCAAAUUCAGGUUCUCCAUUCGCUCAUAACAUUUAUUUUAUUUGAUCAUUCUCUUAGCUUGGAUGAUGCGAGUUGUUUCAAAACAGGAUAAUUAGCUUUGAUGGUGGAGGAAAACAUCAAGGAAACUCGUAAUAUAUCGGUAACGCCCAGUACGUGGAAAUAACUAAUGCUACUUAGAGUGGAGGGCUUCAGACAACUUGUGGCUCAAGUGCCGUACUUCAAAACAAUGACAGACACUUGAGCAAACAUUUGUUUUAUGCAGAGUAAAUAUCGCGCGAUGAUGCGCAGUUUAAUGGCGCAUGCUUCCACCAAACUUAAGCCAAAAUGAGACUUAACUUGUAUGUGCUAAAUGCUUGAUUGACUUUAUAACAAGCCAAUAUUAUAUAAUGGCUGCCCUUAUCGAUAUCCUCUCUAUAUUUUCACGUUUUGCUAAAUGCGCGAGGUAAGUAUCAAUAUGAAAAAAGUUUGAUCAUUGCACGCCCAUAAAUGCAUCCCUAUGUGACAACCCUAAUUUGAAAUAUGUUUUUGUGUGAUUGUAAUAUUGAUUUUAGUGUAAUUCUAGUGUUUAAAUUAUUAAUAUGGUUGUGGUAACCAGUAGGAAAAAUGUCUGAGUGUUUGCAACGUAAUACGUUUCUAGGGAAUUUGAAAUAUGACUUAUUAGCGGUUGUCAGAUUUCACACGAUUGCUAAAUGCUUUAGUCACGCUUGACGCGUUCAUACUUGUAUCAUGGAUGAUGGCAAAUAUGUGUUAAAUUUCUCAUGUAUACUUACUCAGUGCUUUGCCUACAAAACAGUAUAUGUUAUCACCCGAUCCUCAGCUAUUCUUCGAAAUGUUUGAACAAUCAGCUUGGACUUACCAAAAUAUAUACUGCCUGCUUCGGUCAUGUAUAUUAUCACGAUUUAUCAGAAUUUUUCUACUUUUAUCACAGCCAUAUCUGCAUGUAUUUUAGUGUGUAAGUGUGUAGAUUAUACUAUGUAUGUAGAUAUGUUUAAAUUGGCGAUUAAAAAAAAUACAAAACGAAAGCGAAAAACAGUAAUUGACACAAAAAAAAGUAAUGAGAAAGACAAGAUCGAAAAAAAAAUUAAGACACAGACAGACAUUAACACUAAUCUAAAAAAAAAUGUGCACACAACAAAAAGAGAAUUCACUGGAAAAGUAUAGAAAAAAAAGGUUGAGAAUGAAAAAAAAAAUGUUUGGGAAAAGAAUUUGAAUUGAACAGAACAGUUACAGGGACAGGUAGCCAGCCAUGGCGUAUGGACGGACCCGGGGCCCGGGGCAAGGUUUUGAUGGCUGCACGGCAGUAGUUGUACAGACGCUGAACAGUAUGUGUGUUGUAGAUAUUGCGCGCGACACGAGCGAUACGGAAGCGGCGGAUAGCGAUGCGACCGACGCUAGCGAUGUGGAGUACGAGCCGGUGACGGAGCCCGAGGACAUCGGCCCCGUCGACGACAACGAUACUUCUGCCAACAGCGACAACGAUAUAAUAGCGACAAAGGUGAUCGAGGUGUCGGUGGGCGACGAUGGCGAGCUGCAGUUCGCGGACUCGGAGCGCACGGACUCGCACGAGAGCGACAGCGAGAUGGACCUGUACGACUACUGGAACUGCGCGCAGUGCCGCGCCGAGAACAACAACCCGCUCUAUAGAUACUGCCACAAGUGCUUCCAGGUUCGGAAAAACUUCUUCCCGCCGAGACCGAAACGCAAACGGAACAGACUCACGGACACGGAUAAAACGGAUGAGAUACCGCGCACACUGUCACAGGACUCGGGAAUGGACUCGCCCAUGAGCCAGGAGAUGGACGUGCCCACCAGCCAGGAGGUGGACCCCAACUUCGGUGAGGGCAGCGAGGGCGCGGGAGGGUCUGGUAACGCUAAAUCCGACCAUAGCAUAGUUCGUAGGUACCGUAAGCGGCGCGCCGAGUCCGCCGACAGACGCACCAAACGCAAACGUCUAUCGCGAACUGAUUCUGACACAGAUCUAGAUUCGGACGACGAUGGCCAAACGAAAAUCGACGUGCGACCACUCGUUAAAACUGUUAGCGAUCCCGCGAUCACCAUCGAUGAUAAACUCCCCGUAAAGAUCACUAAAAAGGUGAUAGCGAACACUCUGAUGGACAAGUUGGAGGAUACUAAGAACUUGUGUAUGAUUUGUAUAUCGGAGCCCAAGUCCGGGGUGUUCGUGCACGGGCGGAUAGCGCACAUCUGUUGCUGUUAUAAGUGCGCUGUCAAGGUGUGGGCCAAGGCCAAGCGCUGCCCGGUCUGCAACUGCAAGGUCAGCAACGUGCUGAAGGCAGUGGUCAUGUAGGCGCGUUCACGGCCUCUGGACGAUUCAAUCAAACCACUCUACAUUAGGUCCCUAUAUCAAUUCAUUUCGUGUGCAAUCUUCUCUUGUUGAUUAUUGAUUACCCCAAAAAUGAGCUCUACUUACGAAUUAGGAUAAACAAAAUUCUAAUAUAAUUUCUAUUUUUCACAUCGUCCACAUAGGUCGCUAGUUAGGAUUCGAAGGUGACAAAGCCGGGAAUUACUUUGUAAGUUGAUAUGGCUGAGCGAAUGGAAGAAUGAGUGAAAUGGUGGUCAAAUUCAGGUGAGUAUUGAAUGAUUGAGUUCUGUUGUUUGUACAUAAUGGCUGAUGGUGGCCUUAUUUGUAUAUUUUUAAAUAUUAAAAUAUAUCUUGGAUUACUUGACUAUUGUGAUAUUAUACUGUUGUCACACAAACCUGAAAAGUGUUACAAUUCAAGUAACAGAUGCUUAGCUAUUCUUCUUUUUUCUUCCCAACCAAUAUUACUGGCAACAAUAUUAUAUGUUUUUAAUUUACCUGUCAGUUUUACUGCACCCUGAUCCUAAUAUGGCAAGUGCAAAGUGCCUUGUGUAGAAAAUUCUUAUGUGUGACAUGUGUAUAUAUUUAGGAAAAAUAAUUGAUAUUAUUAAUUGUUAAGGUGUGGCCAACACGUCGUUAUGUGCGGACAUCAUAGUAAAACAGAGUGAAUAGGAAUCGAGAGGUGAUUAGAGAUAGAAGAUGGGAGAAUAGAUGCUAUGAGGAAUGUGUCUCUUUCUUUCUCUCUGUCUCCAUUCUCCUCUCGAUUCCUAUUCACUCCGUUCUACUCUACUUUUGUAUGAUUGUGUGUGUGUUACAAAACGACGCCAAUUAGAUAUAAGUCUUCUAUAUAAGAUGGAGAUUUCUUUAAAUACAAGCAUAUUUUUUUAUAAGGAAGAGGUCCGUAUAUUGCCGCCUUAUCUUCCAUUUGUUCGAGUCUUGCGGCAGUGUAAUAUUAAUUAUCACUUCAUCGCGUGAUUUCACACAGAUAACAGAUAAGAUUGAGAACUUGAAAUCUCAAUUAAUAUAUAAAUUGUACAAUUUAAGGGCUGGCGCCAUCUAUAGAAACUAUGUAAAGGAGAUAAUAACAUUUACUUUUUUAUAUGUUGAAUUAAAUUAAAAUAUUAAAGUUUAGUUGAACUCCUAAAAAAAAUUAUAGUUUAUGAAAUUCACGUUGUAACAUAUGUUCCACUGCUGGGUAGAUUGUUCUUUGCAAAUGGUACCAUUAAUCAACAUGCUCACUAAAAGCGGGUUGUUGAUUUUAAACCACAAAACAUUCACUGCUCAACUUAUGCAUCUCACAAUGAUUUCCAGAUCAGCUGGUUUCCUGUUAUGUAGCUACAAAAAUAUAGACACAAACUUGUAUAACACAUUCACAUACUCAAGAAUGUCAGCUAGAUAUUAAACCCCUUAAAAUAAUUUUCAUUGUUACAAAAUAAGUGAUUUAAUAUACUUUUAUUUAAAGAGAUCUCAAUCUUGUAUAACUUCGAGCUAUCAAUUAAUGCCCUUAACUCUUUGUGAUAACAAUCUGAUAAUGUAGGAUCGUAAGUAGAAAGUAGAUAAGAAAAUCACGGCAAAAACUUAGUUGUAAUAUUAUUUAAUUAUAUUUUAUUAUUAAAAUUCAUAUGUUCUACAUACAUUAAUAGCUAAACUGUUAACUAGUAGAGACUCAUAGUCUUUGGUACAAUAUCAAAUUAAGUAUUUGUCUUAUCAUAGACUUGGGUACCUGAAGGUAUGUUCGUCUGUCGGUCACUAAAAAUUAAACUACAAACAAGUCUGUUUUACAAUUCCUGUUUACAUUACAUAGGGAUUACAUAUAUGUAGACUAGGCCCAAACUAUACGGUCUUCCAAUCUGUAAAUAGGUUAAAAAUACCUUAUUUACUGAGCUAUUAAUGUGUAGAACACGUUCUAUGUAUAAAAGUGUUAGUCUCCGCUCCUGUUAUGUAAAUACUAUUUGUAAAUAGGUAGAGACGUCAUCCACCGAAACAGAUGAUAAUAUAUUUUCACUUUAGUUAGGGAUCUUCUAAAAUUAUAUAAACAAUAUCGGCUACAUUCGUGUUAAUGCCAAAAAGAAACAUGUUUGAUGAUUAUAUUGUUAAAUUUUUAAAUUUAGGUUUUGUUGCUGACAUAUUUUGGAACACUUCAUGUGUAUAGGUUUUUAGAAAACAAUUAAAAAUGUGAGGGAAUCAUGAAGUGUUUUAGGCUGUUGUGUAAUUCUUUGAACGUGGUCUUGCGUGUAAAGUAAUACGUGUUACAUUACGUUGUACGUGUCAGAAUCACAUAUUAUUAAAUAAAUUCAUCGUAAAAUGUUUAGACAUGCGUAAAAAUGUUAUAGUUUUUUUUUAAUGGGAAGGUAAUGCGAUAGUUUGGUUACCAAUGUACAAUAUUCAUUUGUAUCCUUAUAGACAACUAUUUAGUGGACCUUUUAUUCAUCGUCGCGGAAUUCCCGAGUAAUCGUUGCUUCUCCCAUUCAUUAUGUUAGUGGUCAAAAGGUGUAUAUUUCCAGCAUAUUUCAUUACUUUAUAUUUAUUCUAUGGUUAGUCUGACAAGUCAGAGUUUUCGCGACUUCGCUGUUUAUAACCUGCAACAUUUAGCUUAGGGUAAUCUAGAUAUAUUGAUAUUCAAUUUUAUACCUACUUACGUGUAAUUAUACGAUUGAUCUUUUAAAAUCUAACCCACCAUCCUUCCUACCGGACAGAGGAUAUUUCUUGUUACACAGUUAAAGAUUUAUUUCAAAAUAAAAAAGAUAUUAGUUAUUAUUAAAUUGUAGAUCUCCUAUUAUUUUGUACAGAAUCUAGAUUACGAUUUCUUUGUUUAAGUUUCCAAACAUGUAAUCACUUAUUCACUUUGAAAAAAAAAAUGAAGAAAAUAUACGUUAUCGAAAAAGAUUAUUCGAUAUAACAAGAAAAAAAGAAUUAAUAAUAAAACUUUUUUUUUCAGCAA